CGGGCGGGCGAGCGGGCGGGAGGUGUGCGCUGCGCUGAGCAGGAGCGCUGCGUGCCUAGGGUUGGCCAUAUUUAAAAUAUUUUCCAGUAGGAUCCUGCCUCCUUCCUGCUUUCCCUCCUCCCUCCUGGGUAAUUUAUUUCUAGCUUCCAGGCAAGGGCCACACAAGGAAGGAAAUCCACAGGGGAUUAGAUGCCGGGGCGGUAACUCCACCAGGCUAAGGUGGACUCUGCAGCCAACUUCCUCUCAGAUCACCCUGCACCUAUUUCCGACCGACCGAAUGCGGCAGGCUUGAGGUCCAGCCCUUUCGUCUGGGCGGGAGCGGAGCCGCGGAAGCUGCUUGGAGUUGGAUGGGGGUAGGAGGGGGCUGGACCGGGAUUCACACGGUGCAGCCGGCCUGGGCCUUAGGUCGGGCAUAAUGGAAUUGCAGAGGACAUCCAGCAUUUCAGGGCCGCUGUCGCCGGCCUACACCGGGCAGGUGCCUUACAACUACAACCAACUGGAAGGGAGAUUCAAACAGCUCCAAGAUGAGCGUGAAGCCGUACAGAAGAAGACCUUCACCAAAUGGGUCAACUCCCACCUUGCCCGCGUGUCGUGCCGCAUCACAGAUCUGUACGCCGACCUUCGAGAUGGACGGAUGCUCAUCAAGCUGCUGGAGGUGCUCUCUGGAGAGAGGCUGCCUAAACCCACUAAGGGACGGAUGCGGAUCCACUGUCUGGAGAAUGUCGACAAGGCUCUUCAGUUCCUGAAAGAGCAGAGAGUCCAUCUUGAGAACAUGGGCUCCCAUGACAUUGUGGAUGGGAACCACCGGCUGACCCUCGGCCUCAUCUGGACUAUCAUCCUGCGCUUCCAGAUCCAGGAUAUCAGUGUGGAGACUGAAGAUAACAAAGAGAAAAAGUCUGCUAAGGAUGCCUUGCUGCUGUGGUGCCAGAUGAAGACAGCUGGGUACCCCAAUGUCAACAUUCACAAUUUCACCACUAGCUGGAGGGAUGGCAUGGCCUUCAAUGCCCUGAUACACAAACACCGGCCUGACCUGAUAGAUUUUGAUAAACUGAAGAAAUCUAAUGCACACUACAAUCUGCAGAAUGCAUUUAACCUGGCAGAGCAGCACCUCGGCCUCACUAAACUGUUAGACCCUGAAGAUAUCAGUGUGGACCACCCUGAUGAGAAGUCUAUCAUCACAUACGUGGUGACGUACUACCACUACUUCUCCAAGAUGAAGGCCUUGGCUGUUGAAGGAAAGCGCAUUGGAAAGGUGCUUGAUAAUGCUAUAGAAACAGAGAAAAUGAUUGAGAAGUACGAGUCACUUGCUUCUGACCUUCUGGAGUGGAUUGAACAAACGAUCAUCAUCCUAAACAACCGCAAAUUUGCUAAUUCACUGGUCGGGGUCCAGCAGCAGCUUCAGGCAUUUAACACGUACCGCACAGUGGAGAAACCACCUAAGUUUACUGAGAAGGGGAAUUUGGAAGUGCUGCUUUUCACAAUUCAGAGCAAGAUGAGAGCUAAUAAUCAGAAGGUCUACAUGCCCCGGGAAGGGAAGCUCAUCUCUGAUAUCAACAAGGCCUGGGAAAGACUGGAAAAAGCAGAACACGAGCGAGAACUGGCUCUGCGGAACGAGCUCAUACGGCAGGAAAAACUGGAACAACUUGCCCGCAGAUUCGAUCGCAAGGCAGCUAUGAGGGAGACGUGGCUGAGCGAAAACCAGCGUCUUGUGUCCCAGGACAACUUUGGAUUUGACCUUCCUGCAGUUGAGGCUGCCACCAAAAAACAUGAGGCCAUUGAAACAGACAUCGCUGCUUAUGAAGAACGAGUCCAGGCUGUGGUGGCCGUGGCCAGGGAGCUGGAAGCCGAGAACUACCAUGACAUCAAGCGCAUCACAGCGAGGAAGGACAAUGUCAUCCGGCUCUGGGAAUACUUGCUGGAACUGCUCAGGGCCAGGAGGCAGCGUCUCGAGAUGAACCUGGGAUUGCAAAAGAUAUUCCAGGAAAUGCUUUAUAUAAUGGACUGGAUGGAUGAAAUGAAGGUGCUAUUGCUGUCUCAAGACUAUGGCAAGCACUUACUUGGGGUUGAAGACUUGUUACAGAAGCAUGCCUUGGUUGAAGCAGACAUUGCAAUCCAAGCAGAGCGUGUAAGAGGCGUGAAUGCCUCUGCCCAGAAGUUUGCAACAGAUGGGGAAGGCUACAAGCCAUGCGACCCCCAGGUAAUCCGAGACCGCGUUGCCCACAUGGAGUUCUGCUAUCAAGAGCUUUGUCAGCUGGCAGCCGAGCGUAGGGCUCGCCUGGAAGAGUCCCGUCGCCUCUGGAAGUUCUUCUGGGAGAUGGCAGAAGAGGAAGGCUGGAUACGGGAGAAGGAGAAGAUCCUGUCCUCUGACGACUACGGGAAAGACUUGACGAGUGUCAUGCGCCUGUUGAGCAAGCACCGGGCAUUUGAGGAUGAGAUGAGUGGCCGGAGCGGCCACUUUGAGCAGGCCAUUAAAGAAGGUGAAGACAUGAUUGCAGAGGAACACUUCGGAUCUGAAAAGAUCCGCGAGAGAAUCAUUUACAUCCGGGAGCAGUGGGCCAACCUGGAACAGCUCUCCGCCAUUAGGAAGAAGCGCCUAGAGGAGGCCUCAUUGCUGCACCAGUUCCAGGCUGACGCUGAUGAUAUUGAUGCUUGGAUGUUGGAUAUACUCAAGAUUGUCUCCAGCAAUGAUGUGGGCCAUGAUGAGUACUCCACACAGUCUCUGGUCAAGAAGCAUAAAGAUGUAGCAGAAGAGAUCACCAACUACAGGCCCACCAUUGACACGCUGCAUGAGCAAGCCAGCGCCCUUCCACAAGCACAUGCAGAGUCUCCAGAUGUGCGGGGCCGGCUGGCAGGAAUUGAGGAGCGCUACAAGGAGGUGGCAGAGUUGACCCGGCUAAGGAAGCAGGCUCUGCAGGACACCCUGGCCCUCUACAAGAUGUUCAGUGAGGCUGAUGCCUGUGAGCUCUGGAUUGACGAGAAGGAGCAGUGGCUCAACAACAUGCAGAUCCCGGAGAAGCUGGAGGACCUGGAAGUCAUCCAGCACAGAUUUGAGAGCCUAGAACCAGAAAUGAACAACCAGGCUUCCCGGGUUGCUGUGGUGAACCAGAUUGCACGGCAGCUGAUGCACAGUGGCCACCCCAGUGAAAAGGAAAUCAGAGCUCAGCAAGACAAACUCAACACGAGGUGGAGUCAGUUCAGAGAACUGGUGGACAGGAAGAAGGAUGCUCUUCUGUCGGCCCUGAGCAUCCAGAACUACCACCUUGAAUGCAACGAAACCAAAUCCUGGAUCCGGGAGAAGACCAAGGUCAUCGAGUCUACCCAAGACCUAGGCAAUGACCUGGCAGGUGUCAUGGCCCUGCAGCGCAAGCUGACUGGCAUGGAGCGAGACUUGGUGGCCAUUGAGGCGAAGCUGAGUGACCUGCAGAAAGAAGCCGAGAAGCUGGAGUCCGAGCACCCUGACCAGGCUCAAGCUAUCCUGGCUCGGCUGGCCGAGAUCAGUGACGUGUGGGAGGAGAUGAAGACAACCCUGAAGAACCGAGAGGCCUCACUGGGAGAGGCCAGCAAGCUGCAGCAGUUCCUGCGGGACUUAGAUGACUUCCAGUCUUGGCUCUCCAGGACCCAGACUGCUAUUGCCUCAGAGGACAUGCCCAACACCCUGACUGAGGCAGAGAAGCUUCUCACACAGCACGAGAAUAUCAAAAAUGAGAUUGACAAUUAUGAGGAAGACUACCAGAAGAUGCGGGACAUGGGCGAGAUGGUCACCCAGGGACAGACUGAUGCCCAGUACAUGUUUCUGCGGCAGCGGCUGCAGGCCUUGGACACCGGCUGGAAUGAGCUCCACAAAAUGUGGGAGAACAGGCAGAGUCUCCUGUCCCAGUCCCAUGCCUACCAGCAGUUCCUCAGGGACACCAAACAAGCUGAAGCCUUCCUUAAUAACCAGGAGUAUGUUUUGGCUCAUACUGAAAUGCCUACCACCCUGGAAGGGGCUGAAGCAGCCAUUAAAAAGCAGGAGGACUUCAUGACCACCAUGGAUGCCAAUGAGGAGAAGAUCAAUGCUGUUGUGGAGACUGGCCGGAGACUGGUGAGCGAUGGGAACAUCAACUCUGACCGCAUCCAGGAGAAGGUGGACUCUAUUGAUGACAGACACAGGAAGAAUCGAGAAGCAGCCAGUGAACUUUUGAUGAGGUUAAAGGACAACCGUGAUCUACAGAAAUUCCUGCAAGAUUGUCAAGAGCUGUCCCUCUGGAUCAAUGAAAAGAUGCUUACAGCUCAGGACAUGUCUUAUGAUGAAGCCAGAAACCUGCACAGUAAAUGGCUAAAGCAUCAAGCAUUUAUGGCAGAACUUGCAUCCAACAAAGAAUGGCUUGACAAAAUUGAGAAGGAAGGAAUGCAGCUUAUUUCAGAAAAGCCAGAAACAGAAGCUGUGGUAAAGGAGAAACUCACUGGUUUACAUAAAAUGUGGGAAGUCCUUGAAUCCACAACCCAGACCAAGGCCCAGCGGCUCUUUGAUGCAAAUAAGGCGGAGCUUUUCACGCAGAGCUGCGCAGAUCUUGACAAAUGGCUACAUGGCCUGGAGAGCCAGAUUCAAUCUGACGACUAUGGCAAAGACCUUACCAGUGUCAAUAUUCUGCUGAAAAAGCAACAGAUGCUGGAGAAUCAGAUGGAAGUGCGGAAGAAGGAGGUCGAGGAGCUGCAGAGCCAAGCCCAGGCCCUGAGUCAGGAGGGGAAGAGCACAGACGAGGUGGACAGCAAGCGCCUCACCGUGCAGACCAAGUUCAGGGAGCUUCUGGAGCCCCUGAAUGAGAGGAAGCAUAACCUGUUAGCAUCCAAGGAGAUCCACCAGUUCAACAGGGACGUGGAGGACGAGAUCCUGUGGGUUGGCGAGAGGAUGCCUUUGGCAACUUCUACAGAUCAUGGCCAUAACCUUCAAACCGUGCAGCUGUUAAUAAAGAAAAACCAGACCCUCCAGAAAGAAAUCCAGGGACACCAGCCUCGUAUUGAUGACAUCUUUGAGAGGAGUCAGAACAUCAUCACAGACAGCAGCAGCCUCAAUGCCGAGGCUAUCAGGCAGAGGCUUGCUGACCUGAAGCAGCUGUGGGGGCUCCUCAUCGAGGAGACUGAGAAACGCCACAGACGGCUGGAGGAGGCACACAAGGCCCAGCAGUACUACUUUGACGCAGCUGAAGCAGAGGCUUGGAUGAGUGAACAGGAACUGUACAUGAUGUCUGAGGAAAAGGCCAAGGAUGAGCAGAGUGCUGUCUCCAUGCUGAAAAAGCACCAGAUUUUGGAACAAGCUGUUGAGGACUAUGCGGAGACAGUACACCAGCUCUCCAAGACGAGCAGGGCGCUGGUGGCUGACAGCCAUCCCGAAAGUGAGCGUAUUAGCAUGCGGCAGUCAAAGGUCGACAAACUGUAUGCUGGCCUGAAGGACCUUGCUGAAGAGAGGAGAGGGAAACUUGAUGAGAGGCACAGGCUGUUCCAGCUCAACAGGGAGGUCGAUGACCUGGAACAGUGGAUCGCCGAGAGGGAAGUGGUCGCAGGCUCCCAUGAGUUGGGGCAGGACUAUGAGCAUGUCACGAUGUUACAAGAACGGUUCCGAGAAUUUGCUCGAGACACAGGAAACAUUGGGCAGGAGCGCGUGGAUACAGUCAAUGGCAUGGCGGAUGACCUCAUCAACUCUGGGCAUUCAGAUGCUGCCACCAUUGCUGAGUGGAAGGACGGCCUGAACGAAGCCUGGGCUGACCUCCUGGAGCUCAUUGACACGAGAACACAGAUCCUUGCUGCCUCCUAUGAACUACAUAAGUUUUACCACGAUGCCAAGGAGAUCUUUGGCCGCAUCCAGGACAAACACAAGAAACUCCCUGAGGAGCUUGGAAGAGAUCAGAACACUGUGGAGACUUUGCAGAGGAUGCACACCACCUUUGAGCAUGACAUCCAAGCUCUGGGCACUCAGGUGAGGCAGCUGCAGGAGGAUGCAGCCCGCCUCCAGGCAGCCUAUGCAGGGGACAAGGCUGAUGACAUCCAGAAGCGUGAGAAUGAGGUCCUGGAAGCCUGGAAGUCCCUGCUGGAUGCUUGUGAGGGUCGCAGGGUGCGGCUGGUAGACACAGGAGACAAAUUCCGCUUCUUCAGCAUGGUGCGUGACCUCAUGCUCUGGAUGGAAGAUGUCAUCCGGCAGAUCGAGGCCCAGGAGAAACCACGGGAUGUGUCAUCUGUUGAACUGUUAAUGAAUAAUCAUCAAGGUAUCAAAGCUGAAAUCGAUGCUCGUAAUGACAGUUUUACAGCUUGCAUUGAACUUGGGAAAUCCCUGCUGGCAAGGAAGCACUAUGCUUCUGAGGAGAUCAAGGAAAAGUUACUGCAGUUGACGGAGAAAAGAAAAGAAAUGAUUGACAAGUGGGAAGACCGGUGGGAGUGGCUCAGACUGAUUUUGGAAGUCCAUCAGUUCUCAAGGGAUGCCAGUGUGGCAGAGGCUUGGCUGCUUGGACAGGAGCCAUACCUAUCCAGCCGAGAAAUUGGCCAGAGUGUAGACGAAGUGGAGAAGCUUAUUAAGCGCCAUGAGGCAUUUGAAAAGUCUGCAGCGACCUGGGACGAGAGAUUCUCUGCCCUGGAAAGGCUGACCACAUUGGAGCUACUGGAAGUGCGCAGACAGCAAGAGGAAGAAGAAAGAAAGAGGCGGCCACCUUCUCCGGAGCCAAGCACGAAGGUUUCAGAGGAGGCUGAGUCCCAGCAAUGGGAUACUUCAAAAGGAGACCAAGUUUCCCAGAAUGGUUUGCCGGCUGAGCAGGGAUCUCCACGGAUGGCAGGAACCAUGGAAACGAGUGAAAUGGUCAACGGUGCUGCUGAGCAGAGGACGAGCUCCAAAGAGUCCAGUCCUGUUCCCUCUCCCACCUCGGACCGAAAGGCCAAAUCUGCACUUCCAGCCCAGAGUGCUGCCACCCUGCCAGCCAGGACCCUGGAGACGCCUGCGGCCCAGAUGGAAGGCUUCCUCAAUCGGAAGCAUGAGUGGGAGGCCCACAAUAAGAAAGCCUCGAGCAGGUCCUGGCACAAUGUGUAUUGUGUCAUAAAUAACCAAGAAAUGGGCUUCUAUAAAGAUGCCAAGAGUGCUGCUUCUGGCAUCCCUUACCACAGCGAAGUCCCUGUGAGUUUGAAAGAGGCCAUCUGUGAAGUGGCCCUUGAUUACAAGAAGAAGAAGCACGUGUUCAAGCUAAGACUAAGUGACGGAAACGAGUACCUCUUCCAAGCCAAAGAUGACGAGGAAAUGAACACAUGGAUCCAGGCUAUCUCCUCUGCCAUCUCCUCUGACAAACACGACACAUCCGCCAGCACCCAGAGUACGCCAGCAUCCAGCCGGGCCCAGACCUUACCGACCAGCGUCGUCACCAUCACCAGCGAGUCCAGUCCUGGCAAGAGGGAGAAGGACAAAGAGAAAGACAAAGAGAAGCGGUUUAGCCUUUUCGGCAAGAAGAAGUGAACUUCCCUGUUGUCCUGCCCUUCUCUUACCUUUAGUAAGAGUUCAGCAUGCAAGCUCAGACCAACACAUUACUCUGUGCCUAAUGUUCCUCCAUGUAGUUGAUUUUUUUUCCUUUUUUUUUUUUAAUAAAUUUUUUAAUUUAUAGAGUAUUUCCGAGGGGUGGGGGAAACAUACCUAAACACUUUAUCUCCAAGUUAAAAAGUCUGAGGGACAGAAGGAAAGCCAGAUUUUUUUAAUGAAAUUAUAUAGAUUAGAUCUCAAUAUUUAAACUGUUCCUCAAUUUUUGUGAGGCUGUGUUGGAAAUAACCCGCCUCUGAUGCUGUUGGUAUGCAAGGCAGCGGUGCUUACACAAACUUCCUGUGCUCUCCAGAGACGAUGGACCGAUUUCCUGACACUACUCUCCCUUCACCUCCGUGGGUUCCCUGAGUCUUGACUUAAACAAGUGCCCGAGAUGGGCGUAGCCUUUAUUAAACAGAUCGUGUAUUCUGCUCUCGCUGCAGCCACAGUGCAGCUCCAUAUAAACCUACAGGCCAAACCAUUUGUAUCCCGGCGUCACUCACUAACACGCAGCGUGAGGUUUCUCUGCAUCAAUUGCUGGGAUGGUUCAGAAUGUCGGUAUACGAGAAGGAAUAGAAAAUUGAUAAGGUUUUAAAUAAUCUGUAAUUUCAGUCUUUUUUUUCUGAAAUACAUUAUAUUGUAUGUUUGAGAUAAUUCUAGUACAAAGUAUAAUAAAACUAGAUGUAUAAUAAACCCUUUAAGUCAUUGCUAAGUGUAUAAGUGGAACUGAAGCAUUUACUGGACAAAGUCAUGUUGCUCUAAUGGUUACUUGCUCAUGGUGGCCACACCGUUAUAAUUUGCUUCAUUACCUUGCUAUUUGAUACAUAGUGUGCACUUCUCUGUCACUGUAACUAUUGUAAUGACAAAUUUUCAUCUUACUGCACAAUCAAAAUGGCAUCGCUAGGAAUGAUCUCCAGAGUCUGAGCCUGGACAGAGAGUGGGCACUCAGGCCUGGUGCUCCGCCGUACGACCUGUACCUCUCAACUUCUGCUAUGUCAUUAAAUGCUUUUAAAUCUA